CGCUGCCGGCCUGGCCAGCUGGGGACCGUAGCAGGAAGCUUCAGCCAGGAGCCUUAUCAGUGGGCUGCAGGAGAGGAGGGGCCGGGCCCCCGUUUAGGCGGGCCCCGCGCUUCAUGGGGGCAGCGGCGCCGCCCUUCCCCGCUUAGCGCAAGGAAACAGCCGCCGCGGACGGUUUGCUCCAUGGCGGGCUUCGUUCCUCGCCUGCCCUCGCUGCUGCUUUUGCUGCGGCGGCGGCGACAGUGCCUGCAAGGUCCCCCCUGGGCUCGCGCUCCCGUCAGCGCAGCAGCCCCCGCGGGCUCCAGAGGUUGGGCCGCGUGGCACUCGGCGGGCAGGUGCAAGGAAGUGGCUUCGUCUCGCUUCCUUUGCUUCCGCCUGGCCGCCCCCCGCCUAGCCGCAUCUUCCUGGGCAGCCGCGGCCGGAAGCCCGCAGAAGAAGGCGGGCGGCAACGCCGGCGGCGGCGGAGCCGCGCUGCCCCUGGCUGCUGGACCCGGCGGCGGCGAAUCGGACGCCAAGAGGCUCCUGGCCCUGGUAUAUCCCGAGCGCUGGAGGCUGACAGCUGCUGUUGGCUUUCUGACAGUUUCCAGUGUCAUCACCAUGUCUGCUCCAUUUUUCUUGGGGAAAGUUAUUGAUGUCAUUUACACAAAUCCCACUGGUGACUUUGCUGAAAACCUGUCUAACCUCUGUGCCUUGCUAAGUGGAAUAUUUUUGUGUGGUGCUGCUGCCAAUGCAACCCGUGUCUACCUCAUGCAGACUGCAGGACAAAGAAUUGUGAAACGGCUGAGGACAACAAUAUUUUCCUCUCUGUUAAAACAAGAAGUCGCGUUUUUUGACAAAGCCAGCACUGGAGAGUUGAUUAAUCGCUUGUCUUCAGACACUGCACUCUUGGGCCGUUCUGUCACUGAAAACCUUUCCGAUGGGCUAAGAGCUGGGGCUCAGGCCUCCGUUGCGGUUGGGAUGAUGUUUUUUGUCUAUCCCAAACUUGCCACAUUUGCUCUGAGUCUGGUUCUACCUCUGGCUUUCAUAGCUGUGAUUUAUGGAAGAUACUUACGAAAACUGACUAGAAUGACACAGGAUUCUCUGGCAGAUGCAACACAGUUAGCAGAUGAACGGAUUGGAAAUUUAAGAACAGUUCGAGCUUUUGGACAAGAGUUAAAUGAAAUGGAGAAAUAUAGGAACAAAGUUGAUUAUGUGCUACAGUUGGCCAAAAAAGAAGCAGUCGCUCGAGCAGGAUUCUUUGGAGCAACAGGUCUAUCUGGGAACUUGAUUGUGCUCUCUGUCCUGUACAAAGGAGGAUUACUGAUGAGCAGUGCCCACAUGACUAUUGGCGAAUUGUCUUCUUUCCUAAUGUAUGCCUUCUGGGUCGGAGUAAGCAUUGCAGGUUUAAGCUCUUUCUACUCUGAGCUAAUGAAAGGAUUAGGUGCAGGAGGACGUCUAUGGGAACUUAUUGAUAGAAAGCCAGAACUUCCUUUUGAUGAGGGAAUAAUAUUAAACCAAGAUGCUUUCAGAGGUGCCCUUGAGUUCAAAAAUAUCCAGUUUGCAUAUCCAACCCGUCCAGAAACUUCAGUGUUCCAGAACCUUACCCUGACUAUCCCAGCUGGCUCUGUUAUGGCACUGGUGGGCCCAAGUGGCUCUGGCAAAUCAACUGUUGUCUCUCUCCUGCUUAGGCUCUAUGAUCCAAAUUCAGGAGCUAUCACGGUUGAUGGUGUUGACAUUCGUAAGCUAAACCCACUCUGGUUCAGGACUAAAAUUGGAACAGUAAGUCAGGAGCCCGUUCUGUUCUCCUGCUCUAUUGCUGAAAACAUUGCUUACGGUGCAGAGAAUCCUUCUAUGGUAACUACUGAAGAAAUUGAGAAAGUUGCUGAGAUAGCAAAUGCUGCUAAUUUCAUCCAAAAUUUUCCAAAAGGAUUCCACACUUUAGUUGGAGAAAAAGGCGUUCUUCUUUCAGGUGGGCAGAAACAACGAAUUGCAAUUGCUCGAGCUCUUCUUAAGAAUCCAAAAAUUCUUCUUCUUGAUGAAGCAACUAGUGCUUUGGAUGCUGAAAAUGAAUGCCUUGUCCAGGAAGCAUUAGAUCGGCUCAUGGAAGGGAGGACUGUCCUCAUUAUUGCUCAUCGUCUGUCCACCAUUAAGAAUGCCAAUUCAGUUGCAGUUCUUGACCAAGGCAGAAUUAUUGAGUGUGGAACACAUGAAGCACUGCUUGCAAAUCCAAAUGGACUUUUCAGCAAACUGAUGAAGAAACAAUCUUUUAUCCAGAAUAGUGAAAGUUUUGUAUUAAAUGUAAAGUCCUGAAAAAGAAAUCUUUAAAAGAGAGAAAAAGAGAGUAUAAGGAAUGGAACUGUAACACAUUUCCAAUAAUUUAACUUGUUUCAAUUUAUGUACAAUAAAUGUUAUAUUUUUUCAGAGUGUUUCAAAUAUUUCAAAACUUGGUUGUGCAAAACUUUUUAUUCAGAGCUUUUAAAUAAUUAUUAUACAUGUGAAAAUAUUCAACACUGUAUUGUCUACAGAUUGUAAAUAUUUUUCUCUCUGCUACUUUGAUUAAUGGAUAUGAUAUAGCUGUCUACUUUAUUUUAAUCCAUUGUUUUGAUAACACACUAAUUUUCUAGCAGGCUUGAAAUAGUAGGAAACUUAAAACUGCACUGAGUUUUGGAAUUGUUCUUAGUUUUUAUUUUUUCCCUUUAACCUGUAGAACAUGCAGCCUGAUCCUAUGCCUGUUAAGAGAUGGACAAAAGUUCAGUGGUAGAACAUCUGCUUUGCAUGCAGAAGAUCCCAGGUUCAAACCCUAACAUUUCCAGUUAAAAAGCUCUCCGGUACCAGAGUGGAAAAAACCUCUGCUUGAGGUCCUGGAGAGCUAAUCCAGUCAGAGUAGAUAAUGCUGGACUAGAUGGGCCAAUGAUCUGACUCCAUAUGACAACUAUAUUUGCUUGUAUGUUUACUUCAAAGUCAGUCCCAGUGAAAUCAAUGACACUUUCUCUCAGGUGAGCAUUCAUUGCAUUUGAGUCUUGGCCAUUUUACCAUUACCCAUCAUUAUUAAAGUAAACUUAACUUGGAUAUAAUGUCCUCUAAUAUAAGCUAUGCAUAAAUUAGCAAAUGGGUAUGUUUAGAGGUGUGUUCAAUAUUGAAAUCUUUCAUGAGAAAUAGUAGUUUUAUAAUUAUUUGGUGUAGUACAAACAAGAAAAUUAUUCUUCGAUAUUGUUCCAGUAUUAAACAGUCUAAAAUGUCCAUAAUCUUUUUCCUCCUUUGUAAAGCAAAAUAACUAUAUUAUGGUGAAAGUUGUAUACCAUCCUUCCUUUACAUCAUGGGUCUCUUAAUAGCUCUACAAAUUACAUGGCACUAUAAGUUAACAUAAUUGAAAAGUGAGUGAAUUUUCUCUUGGCUUGGAAUUGGAUGCAUACUUCAAUUUCCUUGACCCAACAGAGCCAAUGUGUUAAAAUAACACACUGUUAGUAUAAUGUAAAAUACUUUACCCAAAUUCUACUGAUAUAGCUGCAUGUCAGUUACACUUAAUUCCUGCAGAAUUUUCUGGAAAGCAAUUUUUGAUUGAAACUGCCAUCUUCCUGGCCAGUUCACACCUGAAUAAUUAAGCUCCAUCAAAAUUAGGAUUUUGGGUUAGAUCCAAAUUUACCACUUUGUUCACAGUGUUGUGUUUAUGGAAGGGGCCCUUUUGUGAGCUCAACUUUAGAAUGCACAUGGGAAGUGGACACCCUGCAAGUCUUAUCAUAUCAUUCUCACUGGCCAAAGAGGUACCUUUUAAAGUGGUUCUCUUAGGUUUAGCAGGGGGAGUCCAGCAUAGCAUCCCUCCAGUGGCUUUUGCUAGGAUGUAUUUUGUUUCUUUGAGACUGUAAACCCUUUUCGGGCAGGGAACCACUAUAUUGUUUCUUUUGCUAUAUAAACCAGAGAACUUGUUGAAAAAGUUAACAUUAACAUAUAUCCUUUCAUAGGGUCAUAGAAGCUGCUUCCGCAAGCACAGUGCAAACUAUGGAUCCAACCCAUUGUAUUUUAAUAUUUGUUGUUAUAAAAUCCUUUUGCUUAAAACACACACACACCCUAUGACUGUAUUCAGAAUAGUUUUCAGGAAUGUAUUUUAGACUUAAUCUUGAAGUUUACCAUGUUGCAAUCCUCUCAAUUGCUGCUGAUUAUAUGUGGGCCCCAGAUCAACUUCCUAUGCCAAAAAUGUCAUCCCUGUGCUUUGUAUAUUCAUACCACUAUCACAGUGGUGAUGGGGCAGGGGCUGAUUGGGGUAUUUACCUGCCUUUGUAAUGGAUUGUCUCUUUAAAAAGAAAAAUUAAGUUAGGGGCUCACAAAAAGCUCCUCAGAAAUUGUAUAGGGAACUAUUUCAAUGCUGUGCAAAGCAAGUUUAAAAAAAUAAAAGCCCUGCACUUGACUGAAUCACAGAAAGAA